UUUAAUAAAUAUAACUUUUGAGUUCAAAAUGGAAGCUAAAGUGAAAAAGUAUGAAGACUUUAUUGCAAACAAGCUUGAUCCAGACCUCAAAAUUUGAGGUGAUAAAUUACAGAAAAUAUACACGCAGAUGGAGCAAUACACGACACUGAAAUAACACUGUCGAAAUGCUUGAAGAGCAAAAGGUCAAAAAUCUCCGCACUCAAGUUGACAUUGGCUGCAACUUCUAUGUGCAAGCAGAAGUUCCUGACACUGAGACCCUGAUAGUAGAAAUUGGAAUGGGGAUUUUCAUCGAAUUGGAUCGUAAGCAGACCCUAAACCUUUGUGAGCAAAAGAAUGAAAUCUUUGAAAAACAGACUAAUUUACUUAAACAAAAGAUAUCAGAUAUUAAAGCACAUAAGAGAUUCGUACUUGAAGCUAUCAGAGAGAUCAUGCAGCUAGAACCAGAAGCUAAGAAGAAGGAACCCGAACUUAGAUUUAUGUAAAAAGUGGACUAGGUAAUAUAAAACUUCAGAGUAUUUCAUAAAAGUUCCAUCAGUCAUAAACUUCUUAAAAAAUGGGAAUUUCAAGUCAUAUCAGGCUUAGAGUUGUUAAAAAGAGCCAUUUAGCUCAUAUCUUUGCACAACAGUUAAGUUGUUCAUACUUCUUAGUCAUUCCAAC